AUUUGUAUCUUUCAGUCUUCUACAAUCGCUCUACGAAAAAGGUUGAUUUUCAUUUCGAGCUUCGAAAUCUAGAAGAAAGUGUUUCCCGGUAAGGAAUUUGCCAUUUACGAGUGCUCCGAAGCCCUGGUUGAAGCUAAUUUAUUUCGUUGUCGAGAAAGAGUUGGAACAUAUUUGCGGAAAGUUUUUUUUUUUCUUCGAACGCUCGUGUUCUUAUCAGUCUGCUCUCCGAAGUGGGCAGUUUAUAAAAGUGGUCAGCUGGUGGAGCGGAUGUCAUUUGCGCGACUGAAAUCGUCGGAAUAACUUAGUAAGAAAAAAAGUUACAGCAUCGUUGUUCAACAAGGAGCAAAGUUGAUCCCGUAGUGAAAAAUAGUUCGUGAAGAAGAAAAAAGCUACGUUUGCUGUGAUUAGCUAAUUCGGUAAUAUGGAACACGUCAACGGAAGUGCAGAAAAGGAGAUCCGGGUAUGGUGCGACGGAUGUUACGACAUGGUGCAUUUCGGACACGCGAACUCGCUGCGGCAGGCGAAGGCACUAGGUCAUAAGCUUAUCGUAGGAAUCCACAAUGACGAAGCCAUCACAAAAAAUAAAGGCCCGCCGGUUUUCACACAGGAAGAAAGAUACAAAAUGGUACGCGGCAUCAAAUGGGUUGACGAGGUUGUGGAAGAUGCGCCAUACGUAACAACACUGGAAACCCUGGACCAGCACAAUUGUGAUUUUUGCGUGCAUGGAGAUGAUAUCACCCUGACGGCAGAUGGCGUUGACACGUAUCACUUAGUGAAGGAGGCCAAUCGUUACAAGGAAGUUUCGCGAACGGCUGGCGUAUCGACAACGGAUCUAGUGGGUCGUAUGCUUUUAAUGACGCGGGACCACUUCAAACAAGGUGACCAAGAGUAUAGCGUGGAGAAAGAUGAAAAACUCGAAGCAAUUUCAAAAUUACUCAAGCAAUAUGAAUCGAAACUUAAAUCCACAACAGGGUCAUCAAAGCUGGGACAAGACCACUCCGCCCGCAGCCCCUGGACCGGUUGCUCGCAAUUUCUUCCCACGACGCAGAAGAUUAUCCAGUUCAGCGAUGGCAAAGCGCCGAAACCGACGGACAAAAUUGUGUACGUGGCGGGAGCGUUCGAUCUGUUCCACGUAGGACAUCUUGAUUUCCUGGAGAAGGCAAAGACCUACGGGGACUAUCUGAUCGUUGGACUACAUACCGAUCCAGUGGUGAACGAGUACAAAGGUGGCAACUACCCGAUUAUGAAUCUACACGAGCGCGUCCUAAGUGUGCUGGCCUGCAAGUACGUCAAUGAGGUUGUCAUCGGUGCAUCCUACUCGGUGACGAAAGACUUGAUGGAGCAUUUCAAUGUUGAUUUAGUGUGUCACGGACAGACUCCCAUUGCGCCGGACGUGGGCAAUAUCGAUCCGUAUGCAGUACCGAAACAGAUGGGCAAGUUCAUGCUGGUCGAUUCAGGGAAUCCAAUUACUACGGAAGACAUCGUAGAUCGAAUCAUAAGACAUAGGCUGGAGUACGAAGCACGCAACACAAAGAAAGAGAAAAAGGAAAUCGAAGUGUACGAGGCUAUGCAGCGAGUGAAGAUUGCUGAGAAGUGCGGUUGACCAGACUAGUUUCUUUUUCUUUCUUCAAAAUUCCAGUUACUUACAGUUUUACACUUGAACUUAUUCUCCAAUUUUAAUCCAGCUCAGCAUUAAGACCGAGUGUAUUGGAAGUUGUAGAGCUGCUACAUGUAAUGAGUAAUUGCAGAAAGACCGGCUUGUAGCUAUUUAUUGCGAAUUGUGACUGAAAAGGAGGCUUAGGUUUUAAAUCUAUGUAUUAUUGCGCAUAUGCUAAAGAGUUUUGCUUCCUGUUAGUUUUUUUUCAACAAUCUGUUACUCGGUGGCUUUUUUUUUCAUUUAUAUUUUUUUAAUUAGUUUGAGCCAUUGAUUCCAGUUGUAUUUAGUUCUGUCACAAAUUAUAUUUUUAUAAACUGCAAAAAUCUAGUUUACCUAAACAUAUACUAAGAAUCUCGAACCAUAGUUGUAUGUUGUAGUUUGUGUUAUGUACAACGGGUAGUCGCUGGUGACCAAAGCUUAAAUAAUCAAUUUAAAAUUACAAUUAGCACAGGUCACUAAAAUGAGUUAUAUAGAUAAUGCAAACAAAUUCGUAAACGACAAAUCACUAGCAUUACGAAAAUGCGGACGCGGAGUUUUCUUCUCGUCAAAAAUUGACUUAUUUUCAAACCAGCGAAAAUGAGUGUUGGUACUUUGAUUUUUAAAGAAUGUUUUAUUUAUAAUAAUAGCUAUAGGCAAAGAAUUGUAUAUUUUAGUCAGUAUGCGUAGGUUUUUUUUUUCACUUUUGUUUCUUUCUUAUUGGAUUUUUAUUUCGAAGAAGAUGUUAAAGCUAAUUCAUAGAACUAUGCGUUACACGUUGAAGUCAAAUAUUUUAAGAACCGUAAGCAAGUGAUAACGCUGAACCAAGUAAACCAUAUUCUUCUUUUAGUACUACCUACUAAUUGUACAAAAUGUGUUAUGCAUUCAAAACAUGAACUGUCGUGUUGACAGAUUAAAACACAUAGUUAUGCGCUGAAGGUAAUUCUAUAAAGAUACAACAGCAUGGGAAAGAAAACCCUUCAUUGUCUAACUAUCAAUAAUAACUCAAUUUAUCUGUUCCACCAGCUUAUCGUUAGUGAUAUCAAGUUAAGAUUAUGUGCUACCACAAAUUAAAGCCAAUUUAUAACAAUAA